CUCUUUCUUCCUGAGCGCGCGCUGUAUGAGGCUAGAAAGUCCAUCAUGCGAACUCCUGGGAUUGUCCUGCUUGGCCUGGUCUUCGCGCCUUGCGGCUGGAUCUUGGACCUGACCAGCACGGUGGCGCCAAACUGGCGCACCAUCCACAACAUCAGCGGCGAGCCUCCGGACCUGGUGCUUCACCAAGGGAUCUGGGACAUCUGCAGGUCCUUCACGGAGUCCCGGGACGUCCUGUGCAACCACGAGGACAGCGAGUACUUCAACAAUCAGAUCAUUGAGAUUGCCCGGAGGAUGAUGGUGGCGAGUCUGAUCGUGACCUUCAUCGGCCUGGGCGUGGCCACCAUCGGGACCCACUGCUGGACGGACAAGCCGAGGUGGUCGGUGGCGGGACUCGGCGGCCUCCUCAUCUUCAGCUCCGGCGUGCUGGCCAUCAUCCCCGUGGCGUGGUACCACCACAUCCUGCCCUACAUCAACUCACCGUCGAGCGACAUUCGCGUGGGAUACUGCAUCGUGCUGGGCUACACGGGCGGCAUCACGGAGCUGCUGGGCGGGUUCGUGAUGUUCGGCGGGAUUUGCCAGUGCCGCUAUGGGAUGAAGCGCGCGGGGGGAGGAGAGCUUAGCCUCGGACGGACCCGCCUGCACUCGCACCCGCGACGUAAGGCCGACAAACCGAGCGAGAGCGCGAAGAGGAGCCGCGCGAGCAGCGUGCCAUACUCAAUAGAUUCAGUGCUGGAGGAGAGGAACUUUCGGCUUGGGAAGCUACCCAUCAGUGCCUUUAAUACGCUGUAA